CAACAUUUCAAUUCUCCUCUCUUCGCAUCUCUAUAUGCAACACCUCCUCUGCUUCUCCCAAAUUGUCCGAUCGGAUUUCCUUAUUUUCUUAACUUAUGUCAAGUCUCGGGAAAGUCAUGAAGAGCAAGAUGAUGGUGAUGACAAUGACAAGCAGGAGGGUACGGGGAAUGACCAUGAUGAGGACAAUGAGGACGACGGCAGGGAUGAUGACAACAACGACAAUGUGCAUUCUUCUCGCGGGUCUUUGCCAGUUUGGUCUGAGGACGAUAAUGAUGAGAAUGAUGAUGUCGACGAGGAAGGUGAAGGUGAUGCUGGCAGUUACAGCAAUAGCAACGAUGAUGAGGACGAGGAUGAUGAGGACAACAAUUUGCAUGAGGUUUUGCAGUCAUCUCACGGGACUCCGCCACGAUGAGAACAAUGAUGUCAAUGAGGAAGGCGAUAGCGACGAGGACAGGAUGAGGAUGAGGAAGAGGAAGAGAGGGACGAUGAAGAAGUCAAAGAGGAGCAAGAGGAUGGCGAUGACUACAACGACAAUGAAUACGACGGUGGGGGCGAAUACAAUGGCAAGGACAAUGAUGGCAACUAGGACGACAAUGCGCAGGAAGUUCUGUAGUCGUCUCGGCGGCAUCCACAAGUUCAUUCUGUGGACAACAAUGAAGAGAAGGAGGAAAGCGAGAGCCAAAUGCGAAUUGACGACAACGACAAGAAAGAGGACGAGAUCGAUGAUGAAGAAGCCGAAGAGGAGGUAAGAGAUGGAACAGAAUGAUGUGCUUCCUUCUUUUUUCGUUCGAAGCAUGUGGAGAGAUGACUGAGACUAGUAGUUGACAAUGGUGUGCAAGUGCUCUAUUUAUGGCACACGAAUUUGCUUGGAUUUUAUUGGUUUAUCAGUUCCGAUUCAGUGUAU